GACGAAAGAUAAAGAGCAGGGUGAUGAAGAGGAGCCUCUUUACUUGGGGGGAGACAGCGAGGGAGGCUAGGAUAGAGCGACUGCCCGAGGAAGAAGGCCAUGGCGUUGGUGAUUCCUUCGAUUCACUCGUCCUGCAACUUGAACUCUGCAUUUCUCGGUGACAGAAGUAGGAUUUGUAUUUCAGAUGCUCCAUUCAGUAGGGUUCAUUUUCUGCGGAAGCCAGUGGAAUGUAAGGAAUCUAGGAUUGGAAAGAGACCAAUUGAAGUGCCUCCAAAUGUGACCAUUGCGUUGGAUGGGCAAGAUUUGAAGGUUAAAGGUCCACUUGGGGAACUUUCAAGGACUUACCCACGUGAGGUAAAAGUUCAAAGGGAUGAAUCUGGAUUUUUAAAGGUCUCCAAGGCUGUAGAAACUAGAAGAGCCAAUCAAAUGCAUGGGCUUUUCAGAACUCUCACAGAUAACAUGGUUGUUGGGGUCUCGAAAGGAUUUGAAAAGCGACUUCAAUUAGUUGGGGUUGGAUAUCGGGCGACGCUGGAGGGCAGGGAUCUUGUUCUGAACCUUGGAUUCUCCCAUCCAGUGAGGAUGGCCAUCCCUGAUGGCUUGCAAGUGAUGGUGGAGGACAACACUAGGAUCGCCGUCAUCGGAUACGACAAGUGUGCCAUUGGUGAGUUUGCUGCUGCAGUAAGGAAGUGGAGGCCUCCCGAACCAUACAAGGGUAAAGGUAUCAAAUAUGCUGAUGAAAUUGUGAGGAGGAAGGACGGAAAAGCUGGCAAAAAGAAGUAGAAGUGACCAAACCUACCAUAUGUUCUUUGCUUUCAUAUUUGCAUGCAUGUCGUUGCUCUCUCCAUGUUUAGAGAUUGUAGAAUCUCAAUUGCAGUUACUUCGGGUUGGUUCUAAUUGUUUGUAAGCUCAGAUACUUUUUGUGCAACAAAGUGUUAUAUGAAUACGAGCGCUUGAAUUGCAAUGCGAACGA